ACGCAGAUACACCCUCCGUUAUGGCUCUACUGUCCAAAGGCCAAGGCAGCACAGAAGGUUAAUGAAGUUGUAUAAAAGAGUCCUUCCCUCUCAGUGAGAGCUUGUCUGUGUGGAGCUGAAGCAGCCAGCAUGUCUCCGAGGAUUCUUGUAACGCUUCUGGCUGUGUCCUGUGCUGUUUCUGCUCAGUCAGACGUGGAGAACCAGGCGAGGGAGUUCCUGGACAGGUUUGACAAGGAGGCGAGUGACCUUAUGUACCAGUACUCGCUGGCAUCAUGGGCCUACAACACCGACAUCACACAGGAGAACGCAGACAAAGAGGCAGAACAGUUAGCGAUCUGGGGCACGUUUUACAACAGGAUGUCUGAAGAGUCCCAGAAAUACCCCAUCGACCAGAUCAACGACCUGGAAAUCAAAUUACAGCUCAUUUCCCUACAAGACAAAGGCUCUGGUGCUUUGUCUGCAGAUAAAGCUGCACAUCUGAAUAAAGUCAUGAGUGAGAUGAGUACAAUCUACAGCACAGCCAAAGUGUGUAUGCUUGACGACCCGCUCAACUGUCUGACUUUGGAGCCAGGACUGGAUGAAAUAAUGGCCACUAGUCAAAACUACGACGAACGUCUCCAUGUGUGGGAGGGCUGGAGGAAAGAAGUAGGAAAGAGGAUGAGACCUCUCUACGAAGACUACGUGGAUCUGAAGAAUGAAGCUGCCAAGCUAAAUGGCUUUGAGGACUAUGGCGCUUACUGGAGAUACAACUAUGAGACUCUUGAGGACGACGUCAUGUACCAUUACACAGGCAAUGAGUUAAUGGAAGAUGUCCGUGUAAUAUACAAACAGAUCCUGCCUUUAUACAAGGAGCUGCAUGCUUAUGUGAGAGCCAAGCUUAUGGAGGUCUAUCCAGGGCAUAUUGAUUCAGAUGGAUUUCUCCCAGCCCACUUGCUCGGUGACAUGUGGGGAAGAUUCUGGACCAACCUUUAUUCUCUAUCAGUGCCCUAUCCUGACAAACCGGAUAUCGAUGUCAGCCAGUCUAUGGUGGACAAGGGUUGGACCAAGAUUCAGCUUUUCCAAGAAGCUGAGAAGUUCUUCAUGUCUGUGGGCCUCUACAAGAUGUUUGACAACUUCUGGACUGACUCUAUGUUUGAACACCCCAAUGAUGGACGCAGUGUGGUCUGUCACCCCACAGCCUGGGACAUGGGAAACAGAAAGGACUUUAGGAUCAAGAUGUGCACCCAGGUUAACAUGGACAACUACCUCACAGCACACCAUGAAAUGGGACACAACCAGUACCAGAUGGCUUACCGCAACCUGUCCUACCUUCUGAGGGACGGAGCCAAUGAGGGUUUCCACGAGGCUGUUGGAGAAAUCAUGUCCCUCUCUGCUGCAACACCCAAACACCUACAGAGCCUGAAUCUCCUGCCUGCUGACUUCAUUUAUGAUCAAGACACAGAGAUCAACUUUCUGCUGAAACAGGCACUCACUAUUGUGGCCACCCUGCCUUUCACCUACAUGCUGGAGGAAUGGAGGUGGCAGGUGUUUGCAGGGAACAUCACCAAGGAUGAAUGGAUGCAACGCUGGUGGCAGAUGAAGAGAGAGAUGGUUGGGGUGAUGGAGCCAGUGCCAAGAGAUGAGACUUACUGUGACCCACCCGCUCUGUUCCAUGUGUCUGGAGACUAUUCAUUCAUCAGAUACUUCACACGAACCAUUUACCAGUUUCAGUUCCAAAAAGCGCUCUGCGAUGCGGCCGGUCACACAGGCGACUUGUCUGCAUGUGACAUCACUAAUUCUAUGGAAGCAGGAACCAAGCUAAGGAAUAUGUUAGAACUUGGAAGGUCUAAGUCUUGGACCAGGGCUUUGCAAGCAAUAUCUGGUGACACAAAGAUGGAUGCCCAACCUCUGCUGGACUAUUUCCAUAAACUUUAUGAGUGGUUGCAGGCAGAUAACAAGAAACACAACAGGGUGGUAGGCUGGAGUGAAGAUCCAUGGUUGCAGGCAGAUAACAAGAAACACAACAGGGUGGUAGGCUGGAGUGAAGAUCCAUAUCCAGAAUAUUCAGUUAAAGUGAGACUAAGUUUAAAUUCUGCAAUGGGCGAUGAUGCUUACCCCUGGAAUGCCAAUGAGCUUUACCUGUUCCGGGCCAACAUUGCUUAUGCCUUGAGGCAGUACUACAGCCAGAAGAACAAGACUCUUCCUUUCACAACAACUGAUGUCAUCACCUAUAUGGAGACUCCCAGAGUCUCCUUCUACGUUGUCGCCAAAAACCCAAAUGCAACCACUGAAUUCAUCCCAAAGAAUGAGCUGAAGGAAGCUAUCAGGUUAGCUCGAGGCCGGAUCAACGACGCCUUCAAGUUAGAUGAUAAUACUCUGGAGUUUGCCGGUAUCCUACCAACACUGGCCUCACCCACUGAGCAACCUGUGCAGGUGUGGCUGGUGGUAUUUGGUGUGGUUAUGGGCAUUGUGGUGGUAGCUGGCGUCUACCUUGUCGUCUCCGGUGUCAAGGAGCGAAGGAAGAAAAAGCCUGGUGUGGAGAACCCCUAUGAGUCAUCCACUGAUGGACAAAGCAACAAAGCCUAUGACAGUGACAAUGAGCAAACUGGAUUCUGAGUCUACCGCUGUUGUAGUAGAGCAGAGGGAAGAUCAGUACCCGUGUCCAGUAAUCUCAUAGCCUUCUUAGAAAUGGGAAAGUAAAGCUUUAAAAGUUCUCUUCUUCUUUCAUCAGUGCUGCAUGACCUCCAAUCAACAUUAACAGAACAUUAACAGUGUUAAAUGUGAACCAUUAUGCUGAAGGUUGUUAAUUCGCAACAGUGAAUAACCCUGUUAACGGACAGUAUCCUUAAUUGCCAUUUACAUAAUAUACUUCCACGUGAAUGUCAUUAAAGUCUGCUAUCAUGACGCACUA